AUGAGAUCGAUGCGAAGUUUGGGAUCACGGAUCUGGGAACAUCGUGUAACACAGUUGAUCGUGGGCCAAUGGUUUUAUAUCGGAUUAGCCGUGGCGGUGGUGCUGGCAUACUACUUUCCGAAUGUGGGUAGACAUGGCGGUGUUAUAAGUGGAGAAUACACAAUAGGAUACGGAGUCGUCGCUCUAAUAUUCCUGCAAAACGGGCUAUCUAUCUCGACCAAGGACCUAAAGGUGAAUAUAUUCAACUGGCGCGCGCACCUGGUAGUGCAGGUGCUGAGCUUUCUGGUCACCAGUGCGAUUACAUACGGGUUGUGUUGCUGGAUCAAGAGCAGCAACGACCCUCGGAUCGAUGACUGGGUACUGGUGGGUGUGCUAAUGACCUCAACGCUUCCUACUACAGUUGCUUCCAAUGUUGUGAUGACGACUAAUGCGGGAGGCAAUCAUAUUCUAGCGCUGGCGGAGGUAGUAAUUGGAAACGUCCUGGGAGCGUUUCUGUCCCCCCUCGUGGCCCAGAUGUACAUGAGCACAGGGCCGAUGAAGUACGGCAAUCCCGCGAGUGGCUCCUCGGUAAAGGCACUAUACGGCCAAGUACUGAAACAACUUUCGCUGGUUGUGUUUCUGCCGCUGAUAGUGGGACAAGUAUUACGAAAUGUGUUUCCGAAGCAAGUUAAGUGGACCCUAGAGACAUUGCGCCUACGUUUUCUCGGAUCGGUAUGUUUACUGUUCAUUACAUGGUCUGCCUUCUCCACCGCUUUCUACCAGAAGGCAUUUGAAACGGUAAGUCGCAUAUGCAUUAUCUUCCUAGUCUUUUUUAAUAUUGGAAUGUACCUUUUCCACACGAUGACAAGCUUCGCCGUAUGCAGAUCUCCAGUUAUUAAGCGGGGGUUUGCCACAAGGCCCGGUCCAGAUUCAAGCGUACUGUACACCGCCUCUUACAGGAUUAUCCAGCCAUUUUAUUUUAACCGGCUAGAUACUGUGGCGGUGAUGUUCUGUGCGCCUGCGAAGACCGCCACCUUAGGCGUGCCUCUAGUCGCCGCACAAUAUGGUAGUGACUCACCGAAUCUCGGUAAACUCCUAGUGCCCGUUGUGAUAUACCAGUUUGAACAGAUCGUUGUCGCAGCCUGGCUGGUUCCGCUGCUCAGAGCAUGGUGUAGAAAGGCUAAGCCAAAGCCCGACCUCGACCAAACUUACCAUGACAAUAUAUCACGCCCAACUACAACGACCGGACAAGGGAUACAGACUGAUAUGACACACUAUUUGGAUGAGGAACCCGUAAAGCCAAGUAAUUACAUACAUUAA